AUUGACAACAAAACUCCCGAAUCAACAAUUUUUUUAUUGUUUAUAAAUUAUAUUGUUUGUUUUUCGGUGUGCCGUGUCUCAGUAUUAUUUCAUCUACCAUUAUGGGCAAUAAUAAACUGAAAGAUGAAAUUUUAAAUUUAUCCAAUAGUAAAUUAAAAAAGUUAAAUAAAUUAAAAGAUCCUCAUACUAUUAGAGAAUUGAUUUUGGACGACAAUGAAUUACAACGAUUGGACAACAUUGAUUUGUUUAUAAAAUUAGAAAAGCUGUCCGCACGCCGAAAUCAGCUCUUGAGAAUGUAUGGGGUAUGUCGCCUAACACAACUGCAUACCCUUGAUUUCAGCCAUAAUGGUAUUUUAAUGAUUGAAGGACUUAAGGACUUGACAGGAUUAAAAUAUUUAAAUUUGUCAGGAAAUAGCAUAAAGACGAUCGAGCAUCUGAGUGGAAAUGUAAAUUUGGAGCGAUUGGACUUAUCUGAAAACAGUAUUUCUCAUAUUACUGAUUUAUCAUGUCUGAAGAAUCUUAAGGAAUUGUAUUUGCACAAAAAUAAAAUAAACCAUUUGGGACAGUGCGAUCGCUUUUUGCCUGCCAGCCUGGUCACUUUAACGUUGGCUUAUAAUAAUAUAACAGACUUAAACGAGAUUUCACGAUUGUCUCAUUUAAGCAGUCUAACGAAGAUUUCCAUUGCUAACAAUCCAUGUGUUAAUAUGACUGGAAAUAAUGUUGGGUUUGAUUACCGCCCAUUUGUAAUUAAUUGGUGUUUAAAUGUCAAUGUCAUUGAUGAUUACGUCGUGGACGCGAUUGAAAGUCUCAGAGCCGAGUGGUUAUACUCACAAGGACGUGGUCGCCAUUUUAGAAUCGGAGAUCAAAAAGAAUUAAUUGAAUAUUUGGCAAUGGUGUGUCCACUUACAGGCGAGGCCUUGGAAACAGAAGACGAUCGAAAAUUGAGGCUAAUUUUGAGCAAAGCCCAGCACCAUCAGCAACAAUUAAGGGAACAAUCAUCCAGUUCAUCGCCUCAUCCAUCGCCCGCAUUUUCUCGGAAAAAAUCAUUAUCGCCGCGGACAAAUUCUUUAAGGACAGGGAACCAAACGAAAUCACCCGACAGAAUGGCGAUAAGCUGUUACCAAACGACCGACGGUGCAGGCGACACUUUUAGUAAUGAAACCUCGGUAAUGACUCAAAGUUUGGAUGCUUCAAUGUUGAAUUUUUAUGCGACCGAGAAACCUUCAGAACUCGUAAACCAUCCACUACAUGCCGUCACUAAAAUGGUGCCCGUUCCUGAGAACUUGAUGAGUCCUGACUCUCGGCCAUCUCCUUUAAUGGAGAAAUCCUUUAAAAAUUCUUUACAAAUAUCAAACAGUGCCAAAACGCGAUCACCCAAACCAAGUAGGGCAUGGUCUAACCACACCGAAUCCCAAAUAAGACCAAAUCGACAAGAGAAUGCUACGCCCUCACCUCACAAGCAGAGACGUGUCCAUAAUUCGAAUAUAAGGCAAGCAUCAUCCUCAAUUUUACAGAAUACAAAACCUGUGAGCGAUGAUGAACCGGAAUUUUGCGGUUCAAAUCUUGAGUCAAUCCAAAUGAAAGCCGAUGAAAGACGUAUGCAAAAGUUCUCUCACCAGAAUGCAGAAUGUAGUGAUACCGAAGGAAACAAAGUGGCAAAAGCUGCUGUUUUAAUACAACGCAUAUGGCGCGGAUAUUAUACGAGAAAUAAGGAUAAAGACAUACAAGAAAUGUUUAGAGUUUUGCAAAACCAAAGAGCAAAUCAAUAUAUUCAAAAACUGACUGAAGAUAUUGAAACCACAAAAGCGGAUCUGGUGACGACUAAAACUGCUUUAGAAAGCGAGCGUAAAAUCCAGAUUUUACAAACCGAGGCCAUUAGCGCAUUGUGGAAAAAAAUCUCGACUUUACAAACAACCAAAACCAGUGAAAGCGGAUCUGAAGUUAAUUUAGGUCAAAAUGAUCCAGAAUUGGUAAAAGAGUUAGCUAGGACUUGCAAUGGAUUACAAAAUGAGAUCAAACAGUUACAAUCGUCCAUGCAGGAAAUGGUAAAACUAAUGACCGCUUUUGGCAGAAAUUGCCGCCAAGCAGAAGAACAGGGAGUGGCCACGCAAACCGAAAUUGUCGCCGUUCAUACACCUAAAGGGGACGAAGCAGUCAAAGACUUUCCAUUCCAAAAACAACAUCGACCAUCAUCGUUGCCAUUGCCCCAAAAGAAAAACGAAUUACAGGCAACAUCGGAAAAGAGAGAUGGAACUGAAGAUUAAAUUCACUUUAUUUAAACCCUGAUUUUGUUAACCAAAGAUUGAUGUAGGAAAAUAAAUUAGAAGAAUAGGCUUAAGGCAUAAACAGAACGUGAUGGCAGCUCAUUGUAAAUUAAUAAAAAAUCUUUUCAAUUUUUUUUAAAAACUUGUGCUGUACGUUAUACGAGAGCAGAUAUUAUAUGCUUGAUGUGAUUUGUUAUUUCGCUUUUUUUAAGAAGCACUUUAUAUACAAUUUUAAGUAAUUUUAGUUUAAGGAUGUGAUUUAUAUGAUUUUAAAAUUGAAGUAUUUGUUAUAAUUAAGAAAUAAAUUAAGCAUAAAAUUAAAAUAAAUAUUAAAAAAUUA